AUGCAAGACAACCAGACGGCGAAUGAAACCGUCAAAGUCAUUGUACGUUGCCGACCCCUCGAUGCUAAAGAAAUCCAGGCAGGAUACAAAAGGUAUUUAGCGUUCAUCAGCUGUAAUUUCUCUAGUUGUGUAUGCGUUAGGGAAUCCGAUGGGAUUAUCGAAGUUAGAAACCCUAAGGCGACUCCCGAGGAAGCCUCCCGCUCUUUUAAUUUUGAUACAGUUUAUGGGCCAGAGUAUGUUUGAACGGUUUACGAUGUUAUUACUGCAGUUCUCAGCAAAGGGAGCUUUAUGAAAAAUCAUUUAAAAACUUAGUUCAGAGUGUACUUGAAGGAUUUAACGGUACGAUUUUUGCAUACGGACAGACGGGGACAGGAAAGACGUUUACGAUUCAAGGUUAAUGUACUUAUUUUGUCCGUGAAUUUCAUGUCAGGCGUGAAGGACGAUCAUGAACUUCGUGGAGUCAUCCCAAAUUCUUUCGAGCACAUUUUCGAUCACAUUGCGCAUUCGAAAAAUGCGCAGUAUCUUGUGCGUGCAAGUUAUUUGGAAAUUUAUAAGGAAGAAGUAAGGGAUCUACUCCAAAAAGAUUUCAGCAAACGUCUCGAAAUUAAAGAAAAGCCGGACAGGGGAAUAUACGUCAAGGUGUGUGAGUAUUAAUACUCACGUGUUGGUAGAAUUCUACCAACACGUGGCCCAAUCUUACCUUAAUUGUAUACAAUCUGUGAUUUGUGAGCAGUUUUCCUCGAUUUUCGCUGUAACAUAGUUCCCGUAAAAGAGGUUUAAAACGUCAGGUCUUUUGAACUCUAUGUAUUAAACAACUUACCACUCAGAGUAUUUCACCGUACAACUUGAGAACGUACAAAUAAUGUAUCUUUAUAAUGAUUGAUAGGGAUGGACUAGCCCCUUGUUCUCAUAUUCUCUAGAGAAUCAUAAGAAAGUUUCUGCUAGUAACAUACUGAAUAUACAGUGCCCUUUCAAAACUUGCGUGAUCUUUUGGAGCUUCUAAGUGUCCUUUUGUCAGAAUUUAGAUUCCUAGAGUUCUUUAAGAACAUUAUUUUCAUUUUAAAAUCCUUCCUCCUUAUCAUGGAUACAGAGAACAGCCCUCCGAUUCCUAUGAUGUCCAACAUACUUGGCCAAAUAUUUCAGUUUUCUAUUUUGCAGUUUUUAUUGCGAACAAACUGGCAAGAGUGAGCUGAAGUACUUUUUUAAUGCACUCAUUAAUCAGGUACCAUAUUUAUAAAAAUCAAGCGUUAUUUAUGAUUUGUAAUGUGUUAAAAACCAGUCCGCUUGGAGCUUUUAGGUUAUUUAUUGCUUAAUUUGAUUGAUUGUAAUACUCAUGGAAAGAGUUGAAACGUAUAGUAUUGACAUAUAUCCCGCAGUAGUCGUCUAAGUUUACCCCCUAUUUUGAAACUUCAUCUCGGUUCAGGGUAACUGUUUUGUUCAAAAGUAUUCAUGGGUUUUUUAUUCACCUGGGUGGUCGUUUAGCAGGAAAAACGGAAUUGUAGAAUGCAGGCAUUAAGUUUAGCAAAUUCAAUGGAAAACUGGAAUUAAGUGAGACAAAUAAGCUUCGGUAGUUCAUUUGGGAGACAGGCCUUUUAACGCUGUAGGGUUGGAACAUAUUUACGCAAUGAUUGCGUUCUAUACGCGGUAAUUUUUCACAUUUACGUCAAUCUUUCUCAUGAACUGAGUCCAUGUUUUGUAGUCGAGUGUAAAAUUCAGAGAGAAAAUUUUCUAGGAAAAAGUCAUAGUUGCUGACUUAAGUUGUCAUAUUUUCCCCUUGUCUGAUUGCCACUUGCCUCAACUAUUUUCGAGUUCACUUGUAUCUGUGAUUUCGUUCUUAGACAGAUUUUCCCUUGCGCACAAUGAAGCACUUUGUUGCACAUACGGUCCGGAUGGUCUUCGUAUGGUUGGAGGAUGAGCAUUAGUUUGUAUUUUACAUAGGACGACAUGGUUUCAAGCAACAAUCUUUAAAAUGCUGUCGAAAUAAUAAGAAAAAUAAUUCAUAUCAAAUAUUUUUGAACUGACCGCCUUAUCAGUGGGGAUUCAUUAGUUUGCAUAGAAUGGACACUGGAGUGCAAAAUCUUCUUGGUAUUUGUUAAAGACAGUUAAGUGUAGUGUCCAAUAUUACGAAAUGCAAGCUCUGCUUUUUUUGGAGAAAAUAUUGGGAGUAUGUUUUCACUCCAUCAAAUCGAUUUAACUCCCCAAGGGUGUUACUUUCGCUUUCCAAAAUUUUUGUGAAAAUCAGAUCGUUUUUCAGUCCGUUUGGUAAUUGGUGCUGGAAUAGCAGGGAUGGACGUUGCCUUUAAAGCGGUUCAGAUUUCAAAGUAAGUAAGCACUUAGUCCCUUAAACACAGUCAAGUACUAAGUACCGAUUAAUUUUAUGCUAAUUUUAAAACUUAUUUCUUGGAUUGGGUGUAGCCAGGACUGAAAUUUGGUUUUAGCUGGUUUUACGCAAAGUUUAACCAUCCUAAACACCCACUUUCGCAGUAAUACACAGGCAGCCUACCUUGUUCACAAGGUUAGGCACUCAGCUAUCGGACAGGUUACAAAGUACACGGAUUACUAGAAGUCUUUCCGCCUUAUAUUUGCAAAUUUUUAAUUAACCCUUUUGACAGCCCUGAGUCGUCCACAUUAUUUGUGUUUUUCAAUGUUAAACAAGCUGUUAUAUAUCAUUAAAAUGCAUAUCAGUGAAGAAAUUUCAUCAAUUUGAAUCAACGUUCUCUAGAGCCAGUAGGAUAUACUGUUAAAGAAUUUGGUUCUUAAUAAACUAGUCGAACGCGAAGUCUGAAUUAACUAUUACGUAAAACUGCCUAGUUUGUCCUAACUUAGCGGUUGAAAAUUAAUUCUGAGAAUAACGUAACUUUCCUGGAUCAGUUGCAACUACUUUUAUGGCUUGUGCAAGUGCUACCGUUACUGAACUAUGAAAGUUAACUUCUAUUAGUGAUAUAAUGGGAAGACGUGUUGCAUUGUAUAAACAAAUAUUCAAUCUGUAAAUGACCGUCAGAAAAGCUCCCACGCAGGCAGACGAGAAUCAUAAGUUCGUCUAUAUAUGGUCCAGCCUUUAAUGAAAUUGAGUGCACUCGCGUUCAGAAACGCAUCUGCAAACUAAUGUCCAAAUAUGAAUUCCUCAUUCAGAGGGAAAGGCCAUAAAGUCAUGUUUAGUAAUUAUUAGACCAGUGCUCUGAGAUACUUACACUUACUUCCUGAAAAGCUGCGACCCGCCAUCGAAAACAGAGCGUGAGUGCACAGCAGAAUAUAUACACAUACACAGCAGACUGAUGCAACCAGCUUUUUUCUGACAUUUUAAUGUAUACAAAUGAGGCCUGAUUGAUUCGUUUUUUUUCCUUCUAAUUACUUUAACAAAACUGAUUUCCAAAUGAACUGCGUUAGGGUCAACGUGGCAUUCUUCAGAAAAUGAGAGAGAUCAAGUUACAAAAUGUCCUAAUGACAGAUGCAAGUCAAAAAAUGUAGCAGUCAUUAGGUUGCGCGUCCCCUUCUCACUAACUCAUUGAAUGACAGCCCUGUCCUCUGUAUGCGCCGCAGCUUUUUAUGACGUCUUGCCGAUAACCAUGACAAAUCGGGCCAGGAUUUCGGCAUUGCGUACGGCAUGUACAUUUUUGUCGAAGGGCGAAAAUGUAUUGAGCAUAUGGACGUCCGCCCAUAAUUGCCAAUUUUCGUGAAGGGACGUGGUUAGGACUAUGUACCAGUAGUCAAAAUGUAUAUAAAAACUUUAUUGAUUAAAAAGGUAAUUUUGACUGGCAACUUGCCUAGUUAAACAAACAUAUAAAAGUAGCUUAUAAACAAAAUGAACUUUUGUGAUGGUCUGCCGAAUUCAAUAUUAUUCUAAAACCAAUUAUUUGAAUUUAUAGGCGCGAUGUGUCAAAUUAGUGGUGGAAAAUAAGCACCCGUCCAGAUUUACUUUCGUUUUAUUUCCUAAAAACAUAGUAAAAAAGGACUACAAAAAUUCAUAUGACCCUUUUGUAGGAUCUUUCGACGGUUCUAACGAAGAAUAUUCGAGAGAUCGAAAAAGUCAUGAAUAUAGGCUACGCCAACAGAUCCGUUGGGUAAGCGUAAUCAAACCUUUCCAUUAAAAAUUCAUUUAUUAGAGCCACGAACAUGAAUGAACACAGUUCUCGCUCUCACGCUAUCUUCAUUAUCACCAUCGAGUGCUGUGAAGUGAGUUGUCCGAGUCCGUUUUUUAUAUUUACUCCUUACCAACAGCUGGGAUUAGAUGGCAAGAACCACAUCCGCGUGGGAAAAUUGAACCUUGUAGAUUUGGCUGGAAGUGAACGUCAGUCGAAGACUCAAUCCGAAGUAAGUCUUUAACUUCCUUUACCUGAACUUGACACCACAUCUAGGGCGAGCGGCUAAAGGAGGCGACGAGGAUAAAUCUUAGUCUGUCAACCCUGGGGAACGUUAUAUCUGCGCUUGUCGAUAAAAAAAGCACACAUGUUCCUUACCGAGAUUCCAAGCUGACAAGACUCCUUCAAGGUAAACUGUGCUUAUGGAUCUUACCAACUGUAAUAUUGGUUGCCGACGGGGGAUAUUGGCAACACCAUCAUCCUGAUCCUCAGCAUCGAGGCGCAAAUAUAAGAAUUCGGUAGACUAGCAAAAAAUCCACGGUACCCACUAUUAGGUAAUCUAGGACAAGAAGCGUGCACUUAUGGAAGAUGAACUGCGACGAAACAGUCCGGAAUGAUGAUGACAGAAUAGUCUUUCGUAAAUUCGCUGUUUCUAAGUUAUGGACGUCUUUGUACUAACUAAGUCGCCCGUUGCACAACUUUGAGCUGCUGUUGGUAGCCUCGUAGUUUGUUACAGCCGAUGUAUAGCCAUUGUUAUAGGCUAUAGAAAGGUCGAAUUUCGUAUUUUCUACGUGGCUUUUAGUCUACUUUUUUUCCCACUCGGCCAUCCUCACGCCGUUUCAACAACCUGUCGAUAAAACAUCGACAGAAGGAGAUACCUAUAGCCUUUUUCUGUAGGCGGAGUAAAUACGAGGAUUGACAAUCUUACCAGUAUAUGCUCUCUUUAAUACUCUUGGGGUUGCAAUUGUUAUGUACAAAUUAACUCUGUUUAUAUUGCAAAACAUAUGGUAGGUAUGACGUAUGACGUACAUUGGUAAAAACUUUGUUGCUCUUUUACUACGCAGACUGAUCCGCAGGUUCAAAGGAAUGUUUAGCGGGAGCCUCCACCAAGUAACUUACUUCCUUUUGUGAUCGCCUAAAUAUGCAAGCCAGAAAAAAGGCUCUAGGCGUUGGUUUAUGGUUACGAGGUUGGGAGUUUGAAUUCACUGCCGGAGGAAAAACUAGGUAUGAACUGAAAAACGAGAACCUUUGAAUAGGUGAACAAGCGUAAAGCAUCUACAUACUGAGUAGUUCCUCCCUAAUAAAUGACUCCGAAACCAUCUAUUUCCUAAGCGGGUGUAGGUUAACAUAGACCUCAUACGGAUGAAGCAAAGUCCAAGAAUGAAGGGAUAUAAGUCGAAUUGGGAUGUUUUGUGUUAUGUUUCCACUGCGAAGAAAGUAAGCUCAAAAGGGACCGGUCGGGACUACCCAGUGAAAAAUUCUAUUGCAUUUCAAAAACCUCCCCCCACGAUGUUGGCGCACUUUAUGAGAUCUCUCUCAAAGUACCUUCCAUGCAUGCGCUUAUUCAACUCAUCAAACUAACAAACGUCCUCCUGACGCUCUUUUAAAAGAGGAGAAAAUAUCUGCGGCAUUGUUUUUCUUCCCAAGCUUCAUGUCUGACUUGUGUUUUUGCUUCUCUGGACUGUGGCAGACUCCUUGGGAGGCAAUUCGAAGACUGUAAUGAUAGCUAACAUUGGGCCAGCGUCUUACAACUAUGAAGAGACAAUUAACACACUGAGGUAUGCAAGUCGGGCCAAGAACAUCAAAAACACACCGAAAAUUAAUGAAGAUCCCAAGGAUGCCUUGCUACGAGAAUAUCAGGGUGAAAUUGAAAGACUAAAGGAACUGCUUCGGUCAAAGCCACAGACUGUUCAACGCUCACUUCAACGCAGAAAAUCGCCCACGAGUGAAAGUGACGAGGGUUCGUUUUGGUAUAUGCUUAUUUUUAAAUACAUAGAUGCUGAUGAUGCAAGUUACUGGGGCAGACGGAUUAUAAAAACUUUCAUAGAGAGUGUAGGCGCCAAAGUGUUCCACUAUUCUUGCUGAUGGCGGUUUAUCAGUUAGAGCGUCAUUAUAGUACUCAAAAACAGUCAAUUGUUAGAUUAUUCUGACAGCUCGGUACUGGAGUGUCCAAACUUACUGUCGUCUCUGACACUAUGAUUGAGGGAGACACGAACAAUUGUUUUUUCAGCAAAUGCAUCUCUAGUCGGACUCUUGAAUCCUAUAAAUCCCAGACAAUUUCCGAGCUACAGUAGGUGGGUUAACUCAAGAAAUGUCACUAAAUUUCCGAAAUGCGUUUUCGUUUCGAAAAGACUAAUUAAGGAGGAUGUAAAACUAAUUAUUUUGCAGCGUAAGGAUUCAGUUACUUCAGGAUGCCGGUUUUUGGGCGAACUUCCAGCUGCGUGCAAGAACUAUAUUCUGACUACGUAAGAAGCAUGAAUUUUUCCCAUUAAGUUUCGAUGCCUUUAAGAAUUUUAUUGUAUUUUAUGGAACUCAUGCAUAAAAUAUUCAUUCUUUUGCUCAUCCGGUAGAAAUUGACGUCCUGGUCCAAUUUUAUAACCGAAAGAAGGAUAUAAUUCGGUUUAAAAUACUUUUCCAAUUCCCGAAUAAUUUUGAACUCGACCUGCCGUUACACUUGCAUUCAGGGUUUCCGAGCUACAAGCCAUAUAUUUACCGCGUACGGAAAGUCAUAUAUUUAUCUACGGUAUGAAGAAAAAAAUAUAUGGAGUUCACCAAGUGUUGCAGUGGAUUUGGGCCAUAUUGUGCCUUUAACAUGCCAUAUUGGUAAGUAGAGAGACAAAAUCUUAUGAACAGCCAUUUCGGGGUAUUAAAAAUCUCACUAUUAGAAACUUCUUAAAAACCGAAUUACACCCCUCUUUCAGUUAUAAAAUUGGACAAGGUCGUCAAUUUCUACCAGAUGAGCAAAAGAAUGAAUAUUUUUAUGCAUAUUUUCCAUGAAAUACAAUAAAAUUCUUAAAGGCAUCGAAACUUAAUGCGAAAAAUGCAUGCUUAUUACGUAGUCAGAAUAUAGUUCACGCACGCAGCUGGAAGUUCGCCCAAAAACCGGCAUCCUGAGGUAACUGAAGUAUUAUAGACUUAUGUUGCAGGCCGGCUAGUUUUACAACCCUACUUACUUAAUCUUUUUGAGACGGAAACGCAUUUCGGAAUUUCAGUUGACAUUUCAUGAAUUAGCCCACCUACUGUAUAUUAUCCCUUAGAGAUAUUGUUUCCAAACUUUAUGAGGCUCCCAACGUUGAUUAGCUUUUUUGGUUAUCAGGAAUUUGAAUUAGUUAUGUUCUCAGCCUCAUCAUGCUUCUUCGGGAUUUUCCUGAUGCAAGAAAUAUGAGGUACUCUUAGAAUGAUGCUGAACAACGUCAUCCCAGAAUGCCGCUGUGCGGCCAGUAGAAUAGAAAUCAAAAAUCGGCAUGCAGAUGUGGGGCGUAAUUUUAACGAGACGUGAGUAUUUCGGUUUAAAACCCAGGCAAAAAGACAACGGAUAUAUUAGUCACCUGACUCUUCCUCGCCGAUCUGUGUGCCGCAGCACGGACCUUCACCAAAACAAAUUGAUCGUUGGACAUCAGGUGCCCCAUAUGUGGCGCAGUUGUCGAGUUCUGUGGGCUCCUGACUCCAAAGGACAAGCUCUUUUUCCAACAAAGACCAAGCUAGAGUCGUUACUACUUCUGCGAUUGUUUACUGUUUAAACCAUAUAGUAAGGAAUCCUCGGGUUAAAGUCUGAAAGUCGCGAUGUAUCGCAACCUGCUUCAAAGUGGAAGGACUUCUUAAAUGCGGUCUGUUGUAUGAUGAUCGUUUAUGAAGUCAGUUGAAUGGAGCUGCUCCCCAAGCAGGGCACAGUUACCCCGAUUAAAGCUCUGAAACAGGUAGUUUUCCGUGCCUAAGAACACAAGUACCUUGGUGGCAGAGUUUUUAUCGGAUCCCCUUUUGUAGGCUGGCCGUAACAACAUCGGCCAACAAGUCCCUUAUAAGCAUAAGCCGACCAAUUUCUCGUACUAUGCGGCUAAGCUGUGAUCAGCAAACGUCAAAGGUUUUCAUGAAAGUAUAUAAUUUCCCGCACACCAAAAGAACAUCACGAAAAUUCUGCUCCGUGUUCUCUACAACCAACUUUUAAAUUUUUUUAGUAUGACAAACUUCAUUUCUCUCCGAUCGAUCACUGACCAUUGGUAUGAUCAUGGUCAGGUGUUUUGACCAGGGUCGUAAAAGGGAGGCCAGAUGUUUAAUAAAAGUGUAAUAAAGAUACUAAUUCAACAACCGCAGUUCAUAUGAGAAAAUAUGUGAGUUAGAAUCCGUUAUGGCCGAGGAUAGGAAUAAAUCAGCAUUUGCAUUCGGUCGUCACCGCUGUGUCUAUUUUAGCAGGAAUCCGCAUAAAUAUGUUCCCAGUAUGAAUUUGUUCAAGUUUUUAAAGGAAGCUCGAAGCGAUACGUCCUGCGCUCUUUCACUUCUGAAAUUCCGUUAAAGACGGGGAAGAGACGCUCACACAUUGGACAUAGACGCAAACUCACCAAUGCUAGGGGGGUCUUUAAAGACACGGCUGAUGUAUAAGCAGGCCCCGAAGUUUUGCCGAAACUUUGCCGACAUCCGAAAGUGAAACCGCUAGUUUUCUGGGCUGGAUACAACUGGAUGAGCAUUCUGUGCACUGCCUCAAUAGUAACGUAUAUAGUUGCCUCAAAACGGGGGCGCUGUAUAAGUUUGCGCCUGCCUGAGUUACGAACUACCCAGAGCAGUCUGCGCAGUUGUCUCGGAAAUCUAACCAUUAAGUUCAUACAGGAGAAUGUGGUCAGGCGCUAACGCUUCGAUUUCAGUUGUCAGUUUUGCUGACACCGAGGAAAAUUCCAGAAGAAAUUGCAUCCUCAUUAAUGAAAUAACCUUUGAUGUUUUGGCCAUACGCUUACUCUAGAACUUUCCGUUAUGUCUGUUCAAGUCUAUUUCCGACACUUUCACCGUAAGAGAGUCAUCUAUGAAAGUCAUGUGAUCAAAUGACACCUGUGGCUUGAAUGAACUUACAUAAGGGAGCGUAUUACGUGUGCCCUAAAAUGUUAUAUCAAAAGCCGUUCAACGCCGUCAUUGUUCGAAUUUUCACCCUAACAAAGUUAUAAUAAGAGCGAUUACAAUGCUCUUUGUAGCUUGAGCAACCAUGCUCACCCCGUCUAUAUCAACAUUAUGGAAAGUGGUGCAAUCGCAGUUAUCAGACUCAGUAUUUGGCAAUUGCGCUCAGCACCCUUUCCGCCAUACCUUUUUGUCACAAACAAUUAACAUUUUUCAAAUGAUGGUAUUAUCUAUUCCCGGGAAGAGGUCCUACAUUUGAGUUGUGAAUAGUGAUUCUUAUGGAGGCUUUCAUUUUUGCUCUGUUUAAGUGUGAACCUCAAUCUUUGUGAACUUUCAUCACUACUUUCCCUGUAUUGCACGCGUUUGCCAUCAGAACCCGUAGAUGAGGAAGUAUCGGCCGAUAACGCAGACGAUGACAGCGCCUUGAGAGAAAACUACCUCAGAGAACAACGAGAAAAACUUUCUGCUGAAAAAGAACGAAUAUUAAGUAAUACAAACAUUGUUGCAGAAGAGAAAACUCGAUUGCUCGAAGAUUUGAAGGUAGGCGCUGUUCUAACUAAAUGAAUGGUUUGGAAAUGUUUAAUAUUUCAGGGUGCCAGCACAACUUAGGCUGCAACAGUUCUGGUUUUCUGGACAGACGUCCCAAGCUAUCAUUAUUAUUGUGUAAUUUAAAGCGUUAAAACGCGAAAACACAUUUUUCAUUUUAAGCUACGUAGUUUCGACGUAAGUUAUAUCGAAGCGCAGACCCACUUGAACAUCUAUCUUGCAUGAAGUUACGAAUAUAAAGUUGUUUUUACGAAGAUAUUGAUAGACGUGGUCCGAUCCCAGUUACGUUGUUAUUAAAUUAGCAAAAAACAAGAGACAUGUGCAACUAGAGGAUACAAGCAAAGCAGAGAUUUACCAGCCAAUUUGGUAACAUCCAAAUUUAUUUGAUUUAUCUUCUGCUGUUUUUCAACUUAGAAGUUAGGCAUUGUUUAUGGUAAUGACACAACUGCUAAAUGUCCAACAGCCUCCUCGCUAAAAAAUUGAACACUUCGUUUUAGACCAGCUAGCGUAGCAUCUGAAGUGUCAAGUAAUGCAUGCUUUUUAGGCAAAAGAGGCGAUUAUCAAGGAUGAGCAAGCCCAGACCAAAAAGCUGGAAGAAAAACUGCGCAGUCUGGAGUCAAAGUUGCUGUGCGGCGAUCGGUCUAUCGUGGAACACACCAGAGAACAGGAAGCCACUCUAGAGGCUCAGCGAAAGAAACUCGCUACACAGCAAAAGCACGAACGCGCGAUCAGAGCCAGAAUGGAAGCUGAGAGUGAUAAUCUGGCAAACCUGCAGGAAACAUUUACUUCGUUGCGUCAGGAAGUGGAUGUUUAUACGGCAAAAUUGAAAAAAACGUUUGAGAAGCUACAGGUAAACGAAAGUCUACUAUCUCUUGGUCCCUGAUAUUUUAGUCUUUUUUAGACCGUAAAAAGAUUUCUCAAGUCAAUACUGAGGAAACCUGCAUAAGUACAAAUGGUCUAGUGUUUGGCCUCUGUAUCUCUCUAUUCAGUCGCACAACCUAGUAUUCUAUUAGUAGUGACCUCUAAUUUAGAUCUUCAGUGCUCUGCUUGCCUUUGCAAUCCACAUAAGACACAUCCUGGGCUAGAUGCGAUACGAAAGUCAUAACUACUUGAAUUAGUUUAUGCCUGGAAUCCCACGCACUAACGAUUCUAAUAUACAGCCUCUCAUACACCAUUCUAUAUGGAGUGUCUCGUAACAUGACCAACACAGCGAAAGGUUAAGUUCCGGAAAGCAGUUAGGAAGAAGGAAAUUCGAUCGUUGUAAUAAGAAUUUCAUUCAUAUAACGUCUCAGAUUAACACUCGUACCUGUCAUGAGAAACGGAAACAAGUCACGAUAGCGGGCGCACGAGAGCGAAUAUCUGCGAUGUGGUUGCUUAGCAACUGCAUCUCAUACAGGCCGCAACACCUAUGCGCUCAGAACUCUAAUCUGUUGCCGUCUCUGAUGAUUGGUGUGAAUGGAAUCCAAAAGGUCAGGCGAAUAAGAUCAUUUAUUCAUCUCGUGGCAUCUUGUGUACCCAUCACACAACAGACCAGAUCCCGAAGUAUAACCGUUUACUUUUGUUCGGCUCACAUUCCAAGGCAUGGAAGAACGCUUAAUUCCUCACACUGUUAUGCCCUUCUCGCUCUCUUUUAAGGGGUGAUUUUCAGAAGCAGAAUGUGUCUUUUCCAUUAUUUGUUCGCAUGAUAAAUGUUCUUGUUUCCCGCAAAUGUAAAUAAUGGGAAACAACAUUGCCUACUCAUGCAAGAAAAGUAGACACCUUUGUCAAACAAUAGUUUUAACGGAGAAGGGAACUUCUGGACUUCUACUUGUUCGACUUGCACAGUGGAACAGUCGCCAGAUACCCUGCAAAAGAUCACAGUGGACAAGAUCGAGUCCCUCGUGAGACAUAAAACAAAGAUAAGAAAAUUAUUCUCAAGCCCUCUAAACAAUCAAAUGAAUAAUGUUGUCGUUCAGUCUGCAGGCAUCAUUUAGUAUGCCAUAUUGAUGUUUUUUAGAAUUUUAUUGAGGCGUUUCUGACACUCCGUUCUAUCUUAUUAAAUGCAAAAACACUCAAACAUGCAAACGCUUGUCGUUUUCUCGGUAGAUUUUAGGUAAUUUUCGUCUCGACGACUGUGGUCUAAGGAAGCUUGUCCAGAAAGUACCAUUCAUAUUUUGUAAACAUUUGCUCUUGGCUGUAUUACGCAGGUUCCUUACGUGCUCCUCUUCUUUCGCCAUUUAGGCCUUAAAACAGGAGAUGGCAGACGUGCAGGAGGAUAGUAUACACCAGCGCCAAGAGCAUGAAAAAAUCGUAGACCAGAUAACGCAAGAAUUGAAGUUGCGUUACCUCAUCCUAGAGAAUUUCGUUCCACCCGAAGUGCGUCAGAAUUUGGAGAAACGUGCCACUUUUGAUGAGGAGGAAGAGCGAUGGCGUCUGUUACCCACAGUAGCGGUCCCACUGGAUGGGGCUGUCAACAGUAGCGACAUACGGUCAGGCCGGUAAGUUCUUCCCGUUUUCCCCCUGCCCGGCUUUGCCGUAACGUUUACUUUGUGUGUCAAAGGAGCAAGUGUUUAUCUCUCCGAUUUUUUAGGAGUCCAGACUUGAUCCGACGGAUGGCUGGGCAAUGAUGUAGGGAAAACUCGACAUACGUCCAAACGUGAUCAUAGCAUUCCCAGCAGUUGUCUUUCAACGUUAGGAUCCUCCUUAAGGUUGUAAUGGCAUACAUGAGAUGAUUAAUAUCAUGCCUGCUGUAUCCAAACUCAGCGAUUUCUCGCAUAGUGCAUCUUCACACAUAACGAUCCGCAGUAAUGACUUUAGUAAACUCGAUUCACUUCAUCCUUCAACCAAAUAUUGGGGCUGCAAACACCAUCUCCCUAUCUUAACAGUGUCUAUCUGACCAGGCUUUCAGCUGCACUGUUUUUGGUUGCUUCCACCGAGGCAGCAGCGUUCGAUUUCAAGUAGUUAAACUGGAUGUACGAGUCGGGUGACGUGGAGCGUACUAAAAGCACUUCUACAAUCAUACUUGGAUAAAUCAUGGAAACCUAAUGAUGCUGCCGCAGUGGGUGUGGACUGUUUUGUUCGGGGCAAGUUGGGAAAACUUCACCAAAAGAAUCAUCCUCGGGUUCGAAAGACAAGAUUCUUUAAAUUUAGCCCAGCCAAACAUCGUCCAUCUCACGAGGCCCAAAAUUGGCGGAAUCAAAACGGCAGUGGCUUUAAAAAUAGAGGCGGCCGCCGGAUACCAACUACCAUACGAAAUUGCAGAAAACACCGGGAUGUUAGCAGUGAAGCUUGACAAGCAGCUUGAUCGGGUCUCGUUUUGCACUGCCUAGGAGUAAAGAAAAUUGAAUUUACGGUCAACAAGGACUCAUGAAUUCGCUGGGACGGCGGUAGAUACGUGAGGAGACUAACCAAAACGGUUCAUUAAUUGUAACUUGCUCUGCUAUUGAUGAUGACUACUUGAAAACAGAAUGUAGGACGCACCUCCGUUGUGAUUCAAGUAUUUUAGCCAAGACCCCUCUGCGAGUGCAAAGGAGGCCACAUCUAACAGGCCACCACCGCCUCUGCCGGUGUCCUUGAUACGCUGAAGUUUCUGUAGUUAUUUUUGGGACCAUGCCCCGCAAAAUAUUUUACUAUUUUGUUCCAUUCAGGCCGGGGCAACAGCUACUACCCCCGUCCUCCUUCAUUUUUGGCCGCCAUAUGUUUUGUAUCUCUCCCCCUUUUUGACUGUCAAUGCUGCUGUUCCCGAUGCCGCCGUCGCAAGGAAGUUAUCUGUUGACCAUUCCGCUUCCGUCCUCGUCGUUAGCGUUCGUGCUCGCGUGUCUCAGCGCUUUCUCGUGCAUUACGCACGCGAUAGCGGUUCUGCGCACCAUUCUACAAACAAGUGACCUUGCCAUCCGUCGUGAAAAUUGCUUAAAACCACUGUUGCGUCGCUAAAAAAUUCACCUUUCCUAUCAGCAAGUGCGUACGUUGGCCGCAGAGGUUGCGGAUGGUGUGUGAAGUGAUUAUGGAUUCAACCUUGGACCUCUUCACCUGUCUGGGCCUGCUGCCUCCUGCACCUUCGGAUUUGAAGGUCAUUCACUUUCUGAUCCAGGCACUUGCGGUGACAACAGCUGGUCCCCCGGACGUUCAGGAACGCUUCAAUCUGGGAUUUUUUAUACCCUGGGUAAAAAUUCAAGCACAAACGAACUGAUGACCCCCAAUGGGACGAAUAAAUACUCUCCCACUGCUAACAGGAGAUUGUUUACAUACUCGCACUACUUAACAGAGGAAGCCAUGGCCCACAUCGUCGUUCUCUUCCAAAUAUAUCAACUUUUCGAUGAACUUAAACCGGUACCUUCCGCUUGCAGUUGUUGCAGUCCCUCUUUAUCCUUGCGUACUUUCUGUCUCUUUCUCUCUCUUCAACCUGUCAGGCUCCGAGUUAGAUGAUGAUAAAGAUGUUGUAGGUCCUGGUUCCUACCUAAAAUUCACAUUUUGUUAGUUUGUGCGGUCGCACAUGAUAAAGGAGGUUUUAAAAUUCCAGAUAACAAUCCUCCGAUUAUUGUCGUAAAAUUCGCACUCAGGGGCAUGAGAGGGCGUUUGCUCAGAAGUUUUCCUCUUAAGUUACGAACCAACUUUGGGCUCUGGGCGCUGUUGGUUAGCGACGGUAAGUAAGCCAGAAAUUACCCAUUUCAUCGAUAGGUUGUUGCCACUUACAGAUUAUUGAUUGCCCGUCCCAACUACAAGACCGUCUGCAAAGGCUGUGGAAUAAAGCUGUAAGGCCAGAUGGAAUCGUCCACAGUCAGCCUUGCAGUCAGAAUAAGUUGAGGAAUGUCACGGUCAUGUGAUUCGGAGGGACACCGAGGGCGGUCAACAGAACAGAAAUCCGUGACUCAAAUGGCAGAGCCUCGCUUUAAUUCUCAACAGAUCACACUUUCAAACCAUGAAGACUCCCAGCAUGGGCUUUGACUCGAUAGACCGAAAUGAUUGUUUCAAUCCCCACUGCUUUUUCGUCGAUACUUCUCGACUGACUACAUCGCACUUAGAGUCUGAAUCUAAAACGCUCUGCAUCCACUCACUUCUCGUCAAUGAGCCGCCCAAAACCGGCGUAGGGAGUGAACAAAGAGGAGUACAGCACAAGUGGAGCAACAGACGGAUGUUUUGUGAUGAUACCAUUUCUUUAGCGCUAUGUCCUUAUCGACAAACACUCACCUCGGAACACAAUGAACCGCUUUAGUUCCUCGGCGCACGAAAAUACCGACUCAGUAACCCGAAUUAUUAGCAGGUUACAAGAAACGUAAAAUGUACAUUACACAGAUCUUACUGCGUAAAAAUGGCAAGGACUGAGAAUGUAGUUUGCUCACAGGUUUUCCUUUCUUAGUAGGUGAAGUAUGUAUGUGUGUAACCGGAAGACGUUACAAAGACUCUUUUUACACACAAAUGGAAGAAGCCCACUUUUAAUGAGUGAUCCACGAGCAUUUGCCUGUCAGUGGCCGUCAUGAAGCAUGAAGCUGCCAACAAAGUUUUCAUAUCAAUUUAAUGACUCUUAUUGGAAUUUAAAGGGGAAUCGCAUACCAAACCAUUGGGCUGAGAAAAAAGAACGGAUAUGGACGAACCUUGCCGAAUCGGUGCGACUUUUUAACCGGGAGAGGAGAAUGUAGGUGGCAUAACGUAAAUUCAGAUUUCAGAUCCCAUUGCACUUGUGUCCAGACAACACCGUAGACAUUUCGGCAAUAAAACACACAACCUGCUAGGGGCUGAUGUCGAAUGACGCUCCUAAAUUCCUUUUGAAAGAAUUUAGCAGUUAAACCCAAGGCAUCGACUGACCAAAAUAUGUAGUUGACAUCUGUUUGUACUUCUCUCGUCUAGGCGCCGUGUUGCAUUCGUGAUGUUUUUGUAGGUUACUUUAUUUUCACAUCUUUCCUCGCUGAGGAGAACGGUAAAAACUUAAGUGUCUGCAGCGAAAACUGUAGAAAGUUGCAUCUGUCCCCAUAGAGCUUACUCUCACUAGCGGGAAUUUGAGUCAUCCUAACUACCGUUUUGGACCCAUUUAAAUGGCUAUAUGUGUACUUAUGUCACAAUGGCCUUGUUUAUGCGGUUUUCUCAUCAGUGUUGCAUGAAUAAUUUGAUCUUCAUGGAUAUCACUUUAUUGUCACUGUCAGAUAUCUCAAAAGAGGAAGCAUUUCGGCCUUAAAUGCGCUUCAUCUGAAUAGUUUCAAGUUACAUUUCCAUGUGUCUGUCAUCUCUUCCCUAACCAUAUUUCCUUUUCUUUUCGUCUCAUCCUUCACCUAUGUGUCCCCCAGUUUGUCCUUCAUCAUUGCCUUAAAUAACCCUGACCAUUGCCAGUUAUUGUCAGAGUAUAAUAAGUAACAUCCACGUAAACUAAGUAUGACGGAAGUUGAACGGAAAACUGCGAACAGUUUUGGGAGAAUGUAUGCCGAAAUCUUCGGUAAAUCGACAUGGACUCUGGUCUCAUGUCACCUCUACCGAAUAUUAUAUUUUUUUUCAUACGGACUCGACUAGGUAAAUGUAAUAAUCACAGUAAAUGUCGGUUAGAUAUGAGCAGGUUAUCGGUUGGCUAAUGAACGUCUUUCAGUGAUUAAGGUAGCAUUAAACACGUCUUUUCCAAUUGCGUCUUGAGUUUCCAACGAAUUGUUUACUCAGUUUGACUGUGGAGUCUGGGCAUAAGAUCUUGCUCAUACGACUUCAGCGCUUCACCUCCCUUCGAUUCCUGAAAAAAACAUUUCAAACUAAUGCUGUUGUUUCAUAUGGUCUAAAGGAGACGGAAUUCUUUGUUUUCAACUUAGAGCGGCCAUCCGUGACGCGUCUCGGUCAGCAUUUGAUGAUUUUUAAAAAACGUAAAAACAAAUUGGACUGAUCAGUGAUGACGUUCUUUUCGGAUUCUUCUUUUGACAAGACGCUCUUUCAAUGCAAACUGCCUGCUCUGAAGAAAAGAAGCGUUAAUAAAUUCGCCCAUAUUGAACGUCGGUCCACACAAAAAUGUUGUGUUUAAAAUUUUUUCUUCACAAGAAAAGUCACAGUUUUUGGUCUCCAUGACAGUUUUGGCUGUAUCGGCAUAGGAUAUGGUGCAAGGGGCUAACGUACGAAAUACUUCGACCAAUUAAUUUGUAUCAUUCAUCUUCGUAGACUGGUAGGUUUUAGGUUAGCAAACUUUCGGUCACCCAUAGCGACCCUUAAAUAAAGUAGAAUAUAUUUCGAUCAUUUUUGUGAUGUUCAUUGAAAACAGAGGGAUCAUUCCGAAAUAUAUCAACCCGGCAAUACCGAACUGUUUCAUCGUUCCUAACGUCAAUAUCCGGGAGGUAAGGGCUGUUUGAAAGUGACUGCAAAAACCAAACGAUUUGCCAGUAUAUUUUGGGGAACACUAGUUAGUGUUUUAUGGGCACUUUACGCCUUAGCAGUAUAUUUCUCAUUUCCGAGCUCCCCCUUGCACUGCCAAUUUUCUUUGACGGAAAGCUCUUUGAAACGUUUCAGGAAUUCUGCUACAAGCCUUUGCCUCAAAUCGGCUUUGGGCACUCGAAGGCCUACAUGUCGGUAUGCGCUCCUGGCCAGCAGAAUGCGAGGCAACCCUAGGUACCGGGGUGAAAACAUCCUCAGCCUAGACCUUGAUCUGCCCUGCCGAACAACCAUGGAGUACGAACCUCCCCAACUGGCUCCCCAGGUUAUCGCUGCCCUGGAGGCAGCUUUGCAGGAUGAGGAAGCCCUCGAACUCGAUGGAAGGUUUGUUGAAGUGUUCUGUUUGUUCAUUUUUCGCUGCUGCUUCCAUCUACAUUUCCUUAUGUGCGAACGUGUUUAAUGCGCAGCCUCUUGCAUUAAUGCAUCUUUGAAUAAGAUCUCAACAUUUAAGUUGGUCUUACGAAACUAGAAGAUGGCCACACAGAGAAAGUGCAUUUAAUUAAAAUCAGAACAUAAGUUAAGUAUUUUUAGGAAUGGCGCUCCGCUUUCUGAGUUACAUUUCGAGGCAGGGGUGCCACCCGCGUUCUCCUUGAAUUAAAACCGCGUCUCGAAAAGGUUAAGGGACGAAACUAUCGUCCUCAAACCGAAAAUGUUUUACUCGCUUGGACUCUGCAAUAUGGUUGAAUAAUAUUACUCCCAGACAGAUCAAUGUUCGGAGUUAGUAUGCUUGAGACUCUUUUAAAUUCACCGCAAAAGUACAGGGGCCGGCGGUUGUCCGAGAGGAUGACUUCGUGAUUUGACUUGAUCUAUGGUGAAUUGUAUGCAGGUAAAUGAAUAUUCGGGGUCUUCAAGCUGGCUCGGUCUCGAAAAGCAGGUUAUUGCCAAAUUGCUUUUUUCAAGGGUAACAUUUGUGAAGUGUCCAGCGUGAAUGAAAUUGUAGACAUUUGCUGAAAUGUCCAAAUAAAUGUUUCUGAAUUAUGGUAAGGUCGAGAAAGUUACGAUGGGUGAAAGAUCUCAUGAAAUGUUGGCCAAAAUUCUGAAAUGUGUUUUCGAUUUGGAAGGAUUACUUAGGUGGGGUUGGAAUAUUGAUUAAUUUACAGCAUAAUCCUACGAUAUUUCGGACUCUUCAGGAUGUUGACUUUUGAAUGCAUCCCUUUUUGACCGUCUGUAAAAACCACACUUUCUAAAAGCUGACCGCUUACUUAGUAUGCGUGCUAACAAUUGAUUUUUGGCGACUUUAAAAAGUGCAAUAUAUUUUACAGAAAAAAUGCAUGGAAAUAUAUUUUGUCUAAUUCACUUAGUAGCACAUCACGUCCUCUCCACACUUUAUAUUCGACGAAAGCGUACCUGUCGGUUUUAAAAAGUUUAAAUUUAUGAGAUUCUUUAAGAUCGCGCAACUUCCAUCUAUGCAGCACCAUAGCUGUAACUUUAUUAAUGCUCCUCAAGGAGCGCAUCCGUUACAAAGUUUUACGUACUCUACAUUGAAUCUUCUUAAAGGCAUAGAGGUAGAUAUGAUUUCCCUUACGCAGAAAGCAUAUACCUUGCAGGCUAAAGUCGCUAAACGCUAGGGAAACGGCUGAUCUGGCUCGAAAUUUAAUGGGAAUCGGUAAACUUUUCAAGACUUAAAUAGGGGCUUUCUUGGAGUGAGAAAUGUAAAGACGACGUGAUUUGAUACCAAAUGAUUGGAAAAAUAAUAUUUUCAUGGAGAUUUUCUAUAAAAUAAAUUUGAAUUUACAUGGUCGUUAAAAUCAGUGUGAAAAAAUGCAUACUACGUAAAUAUUCAUUUCUUGUCGAGUACAGAUUUACAGGAGAUCGCAAAGAAGUGCACUCCAAAACCAAAAUUCUGGCAGGUCCGAAAUAUUACGGGAUUAUGCCGUGCGAUAAUAAUAUGGCAACACCACCUGCGUAAUCUUUCCUAAUUGAAAGCACAUUUCAGAAUUUCGAGCAACAUUUCAUGAAAUCGGUCGCCGGCUAUAAUUUUGGUCUAAAUGACGCCUAAAAUUCGUACGCAGUUACUACUCUCAUAAAAAAGAUGGUGUAUCCCCUUAAACAAUAAAACCUGAGUUUAUAGAAAACAUCACCUUUUGUGCGUAAAAUAUCAGUCUUAUCAGUGCAGUUUGAAGACUUCUUUUAAGUAGUCCCUAGUCGAAGGUCGACAACAAUACCUUUUUUACACCAGACAGGCUUGUGGCAUUUUUUGUCUAAUAUGCCUUAGACGAACUAUUUGGCUUUUAUAUAAACUUCUUUGAUCCUAUGUCCUCGAACAUAUGCAUAUAAAAAUAACGAUUCAAAUUUAAGCAGAGUUGGUGUAAUUUUCCCUGCGACUUCAUUGGGCUGAAGCAAGCUCUCCAAUGUCAAUGUAUUCCUCUGAAAUAUUAGCUUUUUAGCUUGCACUGAAGAGUUAACUUUGGUUCAGAAAAGACAAUACACAGGCUGCUGUCAAAUGCCUGAGAGCACAGAAUAUGACAUCGUAAGCUUGCUUAAAAUAAAUUCCGAUUUCCGACAAAGUAAAUUUCUUUCAUGAUGAAGGUGUAAAUGACAAGCUGUGUUCGGAUGACCGAUUUCAAAUUCGCGCAGUGACUGCUCAGCCGAAUAAUCUUCUAGCUUAUAAUCGAGCUGAAAUGUGAAUUAAUUCUCAAAGUUGACUUGGGCGACCUCUUGUCAAACACCUAGCGACAACGUCCGGUAUCCAGCCGGUAACAAAGGUUUAAAGACACUGAAGGCAAUUGUGAACAGUUGCCUUGAUUGGAAAAUAGUUGUUUAGUGAGGUAAUUGCACAUGCAGGCAUGUAAUGCCCAUCAGUAUGGCAUCUUGACCAUCGUGACCGACAAUGCCCACCGUGUGCUCCACAACAGACUGAAAACAAACACAGUGACUUGCGUAUGAACUAGCUUAGAGGGAGGGCAGACUUUAGCAACAUCUAUCGCACUAUCUCAUCCCUCACCUGAGCCCGAUGUAAAGACAUCGUCGAGAAGACCGAGAGUGGGAGAGGGCACAGGUAGAUGGCAUGGGGAAUGAACCCACGCUUAGGCGUACCACCAUUCCUCUGGUCCCCAGCACGCACUGAUCAAAAUUUCAUACACCAAGAAAAGAAAAGGGGGAGACUGCUCAAAACCCAAACUGAUACAGCGAAAGCCGGCAACGGGCCUGUAGCAACAGCCAUGUUCCACAAUACUCACUGACCAGGAUUCAGAUUCAAACAAAACAGAGAGCGACAUCUGGCGCGCCGAGGCCGCCCCUAGGCAUGCCGCCAUACCCGGCUCAGAUCCCACGGAGGAGGAAUGCCAUAGAUGCCGCAUUAUGAAGGCGCCAUUGCAGCCAGACUCUCAGACCACCAGUCAACCAUUCAACGUAGACGCAUAUGCUGGGCCGACUACGAGGUCAGAGUGAUCCGUCAGUUGACAGCCUUCCAAGCCAGGUCAGAAAGAGAAGGAUGACCCAAAUCACUGCGCAACCAGGAACGCGACCUCUAUGCUCAGCAGGAGUGCAAACGCAUCCAAUGGAAGGAAAGCGGGUGUCGGAGUACUGCUGGCACAUACCAGGCCGCAAGGGCCAUGGCUUGCUAAUACGUGACGUGACGUACACACACAAUCCUUAAGUCCACCAAUAUACUGACUUUUGAACGAGAAUUCUCUCGGCUAUCCGUAAAAAUCCCACCGUCGCUUAAGUAAUAGACGCUCUUAUCCACCAAUGACUAGGACAAGUGCAGGUUUCGGGAUAUUUCGAUGGAGUUAUUUGAAGAUGACAUUUAUUGUGAAAUCUUGCGGGAAACAACUUCUUGCAAUGACGCACUGAAAAAAAUGGGCCUUGCGGUUUUUAAAUGCCCGCUUAUUCACGUGCCAUUUUAAACCCAGUCGACUGUCACAGAAGACUUAAGGAUUUUAAAAUUAUAUGUCGUCAAAUUUUUAAAAAACCAAAUUAAAUGUCGCGUUUGCCGUUUUGAGGAAGGUUGCUGGUGCACGAAGGAUUUUGUAGGUGUGGGUCACGUAUUUCUCAAGAAUCACGUUGACGCAUGCGCAGCUGAAAAUGCCCAAAAUUUUAAAUAUUUUUUGAGGGGCAAAAACAGAUUUCCUUCAAGUGGGAUAUUCAGUUUAGCUUAAGGAAUUGAGUUGUCUUCGACUCUUAUUAACCGUAACUCAGUUAAUGUAGCCGCCGAAACAAUGGGAAUGGCCGCAAAAAUGGUCAGACGUUAAUCAGCAUACUGUAACUUAUGAGAUUUCUUGCGAUCACGUUGGCUUCUGACCCGUUCCAUAAGCUCGUUCAAGUAGUAAGUUCUAUCAAAAACUAUCUUUUGGACUAAAAUAAGUGCUUAGGGACUGUUUUCUCCUACUGUAUGCAGUGCAGUAAAAGUCCUGGGACACUAUUACCACUACCGUAACCCUAACUUAUUUCAGUUCUUCAAAUUUUCGUGCGUUCCUUCUACAACAUCUAAAUACCCAUUUUUAUUAUGCUAUAUGUUAAUUAACAAUCAUCUACACCAGCUGAAAAACUGAACUAAGGUUAUUGUCCUACAACAUAUAACUCGAAAGAAACUCGUGAUGGUUUUAUUAUACCUAAUUUUGUAAAUGAUCGCAAGUAAUUUGAAUGGUUAUAAUUUUCACAAAACAUAUAAAUCAUCUGUCGGAGUCUUACUGCUUUUCAAAGUAGGCCUUUUCAAAGUAGGCCUUAUCAGCUGGACUUAAGUUACAAGAUUGGGUGGGCAUAAAGUAGAACUGUAUUAUUACUACCUUCGAAUCCCUCAUUCUUUUGCAGAAAUACGUAGAACAUUUCUUGAGCGGUUGCUUCUGGGUUGCACUAUAUAGCAAUGACAUGUUUAAUGAUAUGCCCGAACCGCUUAGCUACUCGGUUUCCGUAAUUCGUACAAUUUUUUUACGUUUUUUGGGCCUUUUUUGGUCAGAUGUUUGCUACCAAUAACGUUUUAGUAUACGCACAAUAUGUUAGGUUCAGAUACAUUCGGAUUUCUUCCUCAGCCCCCUCGGCUUAUAACAUUUUCCUACGCUUUACACGAAGGGGUUCAGUUGUUUUGCUGCAUUAGGCUCAACCUUAGAUUAUUUUACCGCCUGAAAUGAAAUCAAAGCCUGAGUUUGCUUCCGUCACCCCUUUGAAUAGAAAAUUUAACUAAAGUCACGUCAGCGUUCAUCGUCCGUCAUGUACAAUCCUACACUGGACCCUAAAAGCCGUGAUCCAUUUACUGUAGGAUUUUGCUGUACCUUAAGAAAGGAAUAGAUGGUUUUGGUGUAGUGAAAAAUGGAUUCUGUGUUAACGUGAUCUUACGUCAGCUCCUACCCGUGGCAGACUGAUUUUAUCAGAGCUUGUCCCAGCGAUCGUGUCUCCUUCAAGACCUUUGUGAGCGCACAUACAUAAUACCAUCAGAACGUAAUUAAUGCAAUUUUCGUUUAUCUUGACCGAAUUGCCGUCUUUGCGUUUUUUUGACAACUUACGGCAUCAGAAUUUACAUGUAUGCAGACAUAAGAAGCGUUUUUUUCGGAGCUUACGUUAAAUUCAGAAUAAAUUACCGCAGUUUUAAGUCGUAGUAAUAAUAAUGCUUAAAAUACUGUGCGGUUAGGCGGUGAGUAGGUAAAUACUAUCGUGUCAAUUAAGAUCUGAGUCGGUUACCAUCGAAGCAGUUCUCGAUCUUUUGGUUUGCAUAACGGAUACCAACAGAAUAGACGACGAAAUCUCGUUUUCUCAUCGGUUAUACCAAAAGUUUCGUUUAAAUCGUGCUCACUGUGACGUAGCCUUCGUUAGUAUAUACCGAUAAUGGAAUACUGACAGAGUCAAGGCGGAUCAGAAUGGCCAUUUUUGGCCUCUUUAGUGGACACCCGGCAGUCACACCCAACCGCAGGUGUGGAUCACCUGGGAUUCGAACUCUGGGUAUUUGCCCAACGAUAGAGCUCUACACUCAGUGACCAAGGAGUCCAGGUUCGAAGAUACAGUGAUUUAAACUACAGGUUGAGAAUAGCUGGAUGACGAGGGUUGGUAAAUCAAAGGCGCCCACUCCGGUCAUCCUUGCUUUUGUCGGUACUCCGUUAUCAGUAUAUGCUAAAGCCACCAUGCAACUGCCUGCGAUGGCUCUAGACUAUGUUACAAGGCACAGCAAGACGAGCAUGUCCCAUGGCCCCAUUAAUGACCGUCACACAAAAUGCUUUAGUAUAUUUAGAGUACGAAUGUUAAUGUCGUGCUUAACAAAGUUUGUUUCAUAAUGUAGCCCCUCCGUCUUCAAGGUGAAGUCGGCCUCGAAAAAGCGAAAGAACAAGAAGUGAGUUCGCAUACGUUUUGCUAUCCAUCUUUAUUUUGCGUGUAAGUAAAGCCUUGCAUGUCGGUAUUAUUUGAAUAGACAGUAAAUGCGACGUAGUGGGCUUGUUGCUCUGAGCACAUUCAGAAAUAAUCUAUCAAACUUGUCCGGAAAAUUCUAGACAGACCAGAGAAGCGGUUGAAUUUCGAAAGAAGUUUUGCUUAGCGAGAAACUUAAUUUUCUACAACAUUUUAGCUGUCAGGUACUUAGAUAGUUUAACUACCUUAUUAGGCAUUUGCCAAGGUUCCAUUGUUUUGUGACAUUUCAAAAUGAUAUCUAAAAUAUCCCUUAACUCGUCAAACAGUACUUCGAUUUUGGCCUAAAAUCUUCUGUUCCUGUGUUACUACUCUUACCUGGUCAGUAUAACAGUAGCAAAGAAGAUAUUCUCUGUUGGUUGAGGGUAAACAAAUAAUAUUUUUUCUAUCAAUAAAUUGUUUCAUUUUUAUGGCUAGAUAGAUCCUACUAAAUGACGAACUAUCGUCCUCUUUGCGUUGUAUACCUCCUUCUGUUUGACUGAAAGUGUCGUGUGCUAUUGUCUACCGGGUCUAAAAUGAGCCAUUACAGUGUACAAACCACGCAUACAUCGCUUCCGAACGAAGUUUAGAGGGACCCUUUGUGCCUCUUAGGGCUGCAAACAAGCUGUAACGGGUCUAUGAGAUGAGGAGACCUAACUGCCUGCCCUGGAGGCUCUCCUUCUCAAGUUUUACCAAAUUUCCGAACUAUUUGAAGGAAGGGCAGCACGAACUGGCACACUAGAAUAGGUUUGAAGUUUGGCUCAUCUGGAUCAGAAAAACUGUACUCGCUAUAUCUAUCAGUUAACAGUGAUUAACAGGAUAUAGCCAUUUGUCAAACGAUAGGCAAGAGAUUUUACACCUUUUGGUUGGACUAAACAGUGCAUCCUGAUUAGAAGUAGGCUUUUGUACAGUUGACAGUUCAUUUAACUGUCCUAGCACAAUGCGUUUUCGCCCGAUUUUAAGGAGAAAAAUAUAAAUGAAAUAUUUUACAUAAAUUUUACCGUCCAUCCUGCCCUUCUCCGAUCAAAGUCCGAGUUCAAUGCAAGUCCGGCUAGUAAAAAAUCACACAAGGCUACGCAUUGGGGUGUUCUUCCAUUUCCAAUUACUUCUGUAAAAGAUGGGUUGGACGUGCUUAGCAGUAAUUCUACCCUUCCUCUUGAUCCAGUAGGUUUGAUGGCCAUGAGACCACUGAGCAGAAACGUACUAGUUGCUCGCUCAUAAGGGGUUUCCCACCAUCCUUUUACCUGCACUGAAUGCUACUCAGGAACUCAGGUCGAAUUUUAGUCCAAGACCUCUCUGUGACACGAAUUCCACACGAAAGGAAUAUUGGGCGUAAGCUGCUAUUACCUAAAACAGCACUUCUCGCUGUUUGACUUAUUGAAGCAACACAGAAGUCUACAAAAUACCAAAGCCUUUUCAGUUAAUUGUAGAUUAGGAGAAUGCGGGUUAGCCUGGGUGGUGAAAGUCGCCAGCACAAGUAGGAAAGAGGAUAUCGGUUGUUCCCAGUUUUGUCUAAAAAUCCUGAAAAGAUGAGCGUUUUCGAGUCCGGGUUUUUCGCUUCCCCUUUUCCUUGUCCUCCAUAAUUAACUCCUCUAUAAUUUGCUCAGUAAGUCUCCACUGUCUAUCUAAUUAGAUGUUGGACAAUCUGUUUACAGAGAAGCUGAGCUUCUUGGCAUGUGUUUCCUGAGGGGAUGAUAGACCCGAACAUUUUAAGUUCUUAUCUUUAAUUUAAUGCAAACUUUUCUGUUAUCAGCGAGGCUGCAUACUUCUUUGGGCUUGCAUUAACAAUCGUCUAACCUUUUUCCAGACGAAACCAGUGGGGGAACAGGACUUCCUUUGCAUGAGACCUACGCCGUUAAGAGUCUGCUUAGCUGUCUCUUGGAGACUGCUUCUCAUAAAUCCAGAUCAACUCUUUAAUUAAACGUAAGGUUCAAUUCGACCUGUGCGUAAAGAAAAGUGUGUCGACCUGGUAACACGUAUGACAUUUCGCUAUUGGGGGAUGCCUACGUCCUCGAGAUCUUCUGCUUAUUCACUUGCCAGGUUAGCAGGUUUAAGAAUGAACACAUAUUUAGAAACGAGAAAUUACUACUCCAACCAGCGAAACGUAGAAGGAUAAUUGUCAGCUGUUAAGUAUGUGAUGACGAUGACUAUCACACUGAACACAAGCUUCCUUUUUCCCUCCUUCUCUCCUGCUUUCCUAAUCAUAUAAACCACAUUCUAACUGAGAUUUAAUGGAGCAUCUUUAUAGGUUGUGCUAGUUAUCAUUAGAUUUUUCUUUACGCCUUUGUGUGCCACUGGGCACCAACUCCUGCAGAUCUUCUCUAGAAAGCAGUUUCCGUUGGGCUUACUUUUUAAGAGGUUGCCGCCGAUCGCGUUGCAUAAGAGGGCGUCGGUUUCACCCGGCGUUGCCAUGGCUUGGUUUGAACCAUGAAGACUGACCUACCCGUCCUCCGGGCAAUUUUGUUAUGCAGCACUUUGUUUCGGAUAUCAAACCCUGUCUGUACUCAAUUAGGAAACAUUCUGGCUUGUGGACAUACGAAAUACUAUGAGGUCUUUGGCGGUAGAACGUAGCCUAUCUUACAGAAAAUUCCCAGACAACGUGCCGUUCCAGCCUACUGCGCAGCAGAGCGUAAUUUUUUGAUGUUCGAAAUUCAGUUCUCUCCAGGCAUGUCACUUUGCCCCUGUUGGGUCUGAAUUACUUGAGGACAAAAAGCCUGCUUAGGGAGUCAGACAUGCUACUUAUCUAUCCAUACCCAAUUUCCUGGAGUUUUCGCCUCAUGUGAUGUCGUCUUUAACGCUGAACAUUUGCUUCGACUUUUGUAGAUCGCAGCCUCCGCCCAAUAGCGUCAACACUGACGACUUCCCCAAACCACGAGGUCUUGUGCCCAGAUAA